AGCAGCAGCAGCAGCAGCAGCAGCAGCAGCAGCAGCAGCAGCAGCAGCAUCAGCAUCACGGUGCGAGUGCAGGGAGCCAUGGCCCCUGCCCGCCGCCUCCUCAUCCUCCUCGUCCUCCUGGUGGCCCUGCAUGUCAGGGCUGUCUGGGCUGCUCCGUGGCGAGCACGGGGAGCAGCCGUGCCGGCAGGCGAAGGCGAUGCAGCUUCCCGGCUGGGCUCCAGGACUGAGGCUCCGGGAGAUGGCAUGGUUACAGAUGGGCCUGUAGGGAGGACUUUUCCAGCUCCUCGGCUGGAUGCUUUUCUACAGCCCGGCUGGCAUCGCAGGGGUCCUCCCAGAGCCAAGUACCCAGCUGACGGAGGAAAAAAGUCCCUGCAGCCAUCUGAAUUCCGAAGGCAAAUGCUGGAGGAACUGGAGAGAGGACACGGGACGGACCGAGAGGCUGUGCAGAAGGAGCUGUUUUCGGGAGGAAGCAGUGGCUCACUGCCAGUCUCCGCUGAAGAACUGGAGGCGAGGCAGGCCCCUGGCACACCAGUGCUGUCAAAGCCCGGAGAAGACCACCGCGGCAGCGUAUAUGAAUUUCUUCGAGCGGACUCAGAUGUGGUCGGCAAGAGAACCACGAGCGGUUACGAGCCCCAGAGCUCCGCCAGCGUCCUCUGUCCCCAAGAUGUGCGGAGGCGCUGUAUGAUAGGCACGGCAGUACUCAUGGUUGCCCUGCCGCUUGGAAUAGUUUUCUGCUGUGUCAUGAUCCGGCGGCGGAGGAAGAGGAAACAGCGUGCCUCUGCCGCUUCAGGCUACCGCUCGCGCUCGGACAGCCGGACCAGCCGCCCCGGCACCGCCGAGAGAUGGGACCAACGACAGCAGCCGACGGUCCUGCCUGGAAAACCGGCGCGCCCGCCCUCCCCGCGGCCCCCGCGGCCCCCCAGCCCGUCCCUGGCGGCUCUGCUGCAGCGGGACGAGGCCAGCACCCUGCAGGACCGACCAACACGGCCAUCCCAGCCCCGCAACACGUUUCUCUGACCCUCCAGCAGGGGCUGAAGGCGGCCCCGCCGGGGUAGGGCUUGGGGGUGCGCUGAGAGAAGCCCUGCCGACAGCCGUGGGUUCAGCCCUUUGUUUCAAAAUAAAGAAGGACAGAGCUGUCAGGCAAGCGUCCGGGCCG